GAAGAAAAAGUCGUAAGUACUAUCUCCAGAGAAACACGUGGUUAACCAAUAAAAGCCAUGACGGGAGAGACGAAGAAUAUUGGGUCAAUGGAAAGGUAUGACGCAUCUAUGGAUUUUACUAUUUAUAAUGAACUCUUCGAGCAAUAUUGUGAUGCAAACGCUAUCGAACCAACAAAAAAAGUGGCAGUGCUGAUUAGUUAUCUCUCAAUGGAAACGUACAAAACGAUACGGGACAGGUGCUUUCCGGACAUGCCAAAAGACAAAAGCUACGAGGAUUUGGUACAGUUGCUAAAGGAACAGUAUAGUAUCCCGAUAAAUGUGUUCAGGGAAAGGAUAACAUUCUACAAGGCAACGCAAAACACCGAUGAAACAUGUUUAGAUUGGUACACGAGGUUAAAAAGAUUAUCAAUAAAUUGCGCUUUCAAGUCACUGCAGGAAGUAUUAGUGGACAGAUUUAUAUCUGGUAUGAGACAAGGAGCGGUGUUAGAUCGUCUAGUUGAAGAAGACGCGACCAAGAAGAUUGAAGACCUUGUGAAAAUCGCGAUUACAAAGGAGACGGCGAUGGCAAAUUCAUAUAAAGGAAAUGAGAAUGGAGGAAAUAUUCACGUCAUAAAAGAACAACAGAGAGGACAGAGCAAUGAAAGCCAACCAGAGAAACAGGGACCAUCCAGGGCUUGGACAGUCAACAAAAACCACAGACAAAACAAAACAAGCAUGAAGACUCAAGAGCGACAAUGCGGAAGAUGUGGAAAAAACCAUGGAGGAUUAUGCAAGUACAUGAAAUACAGGUGCAACAAUUGUGGCAAGAUAGGACAUUUAAAAUCCAUGUGUAGAACAAGAGGCAAAGCGGUAAAGUACAUGAACUUGUGUGAAGAAAACGAACAGGUCAGUAAUCAGUAUCAAGGGGGUGAUGCGAUCAACACGAUAGAUUGUAUUAAUAGUGUAGGUAUAAAGCCGAUAAAAAUAGUUGUUAAAGUCAAUGAUCAGUUAGUCACAAUGGAAUUAGAUAGUGGAUCGCCAGUGUCAGCUAUUAACAGAGUUUUCUAUGAUCAAUAUUUGUCUAAUGUUACCAUGAAAAGCUGUAGUACAAAUUUUAGAGGUUAUACAGGCGAAGUAAUAACUACAAUAGGAACAGUAAAUGUAAAAGUAAACUAUAACAAAAUGUCGCAUUAUUUAGAUUUCUAUGUAAUUAGUAAUGGUACUGUGAACAUAUUAGGCAGGGAUUUUAUAGACAAAUUUAAUCUAAUAGGAAAUUUUGUAGGAGUGAACAAGUUAGGAGAGGCAGAUGUCGCUGAGGUACUAAGGCAGGAAUUUCCUGAAGUGUGUACGGAUGAAAUUGGAAAAUUCAGGUAUGCUACGGUGUCUCUGCAAUUAAAAACACAUGUUAUUCCGGUUCAUCAACGACCAAAGUCGAUACCUCUCGCUUUAAAAGAUAAAAUCGAAGCUGAAUUACAGAGAUUGGAACAAAAGGAUAUCAUCUCACCUAUUGUUACGAGUGAGUGGUCUUCCUAUAUUGUACCCGUGGUAAAGAAAAAUGGUAAUGUCAGAAUUUGCGGUAGUUAUAUUGGGCUAAAUAAAUGUUUAGAGGAUGUGUAUUACCCUUUACCAAAAAUUGAACAGAUUUUUGCAUCGUUGCACGAUAACGUAAAAUUUUCUAAAAUCGAUUUAAAGGACGCUUAUCGACAAUUUGAAUUAGAUGAGAAGUCAAAGCAUUUAGUCACAAUAUCCACACAUAAGGGAUUAUACAAAAUGAAUCGUAUGCCAUUUGGAAUUAAAUGUGCUAGUUUUUAUUGUCAAAAACAUAUAGAACAAAUUUUUCAAGGUGUAGAUAAUGUUUUUGUAUUUCAAGAUGAUAUAUUGGUAGGUCAUAGAGCAAAUGAAAAUCACAUGCUAAUAUUACGGAAAGUUUUUCAAAUACUAUCUGAUGCAGGUUUAACGGUAAAUCUUGAUAAGUGUAAAUUUAGUCAAGAUAGAAUUUCUUAUUUAGGUUUUGAUCUAACAGCUGCAGGAUUAACUAAAAAUAAAGACAAAGUUAAAGCUAUUUCAAAUGCACCACAACCAAAGAAUAUCACACAACUUAGAUCAUUCAUAGGCAUGGUAGGAUAUUAUUCUAAGUUUGUACCUAAUAUCACAGAUAUAUUGUCACCAAUGUACAAGUUACUUCAAAGUAACGUCAGAUUUCAAUGGUCAGAAGCUUGCGAGAAAGCAUUUUCAAAAAUUAAAGAAGUUAUUUUAUCAGACAAUGUGUUAAUGUACUUCAACCCCGAAUUACCAAUAAUAGUAACCUGUGAUGCCUCUGAAACAGGUAUAGCAGCUAUAUUAUCCCACAAUGUUAACGGUGUUGAACGUACAGUCGCGUGUGUAUCGAGAACUUAUAGCAAUGCGGAACGGCACUAUUCGACGGUACAUAAAGAGGCGCUAGCUUGCUAUUUUGGGAUUAACAAAUUCGAGCAAUAUUUAUACGGCAAGAAAUUCACUCUAAAAACAGAUCAAAGGUCGCUAAUAGGCAUAUUUGGCAAGAAAACAGACAUUAAUCCUAUGUACGCAAACAGGAUCAAAAGAUACGCGCUUUAUUUUUCCAAUUUUAAUUUCGAGAUCGAACAUAUCAGCGGAAAGUCGAAUUCCGUAGCUGAUUGUCUCUCAAGAUUGCCUUUAAAUUUAAAAGUAGAUUCCAGUGAGGACAAUGAUAUGGAGAAUAUUUUAUUUGCUAGUUUAGACUCACCAGUGGAUAAUAAAACGAUAGUCGAGGCAACAAAUAAUGAUAGACUUUUAUCUCAAGUAAAAUAUUUUAUUUUGAACGAUUGGCCAAAGAAAGUAGAGGGGGAGUUAAGACCAUACUUCUGUAGAAAAUUGGAAUUAGACAUAAUUAAUGAGUGCGUAUAUUAUGGUCAUCGAGUAGUAAUACCAACGUUAUUACAACAAACAGUCUUGAAAGAAUUACACAGUUCACAUGAAGGCAUAGUACGAACAAAAGCGUUAGCUCGUUCUUAUCUUUGGUUUCCUAAAAUCGAUAAGGAAAUAGAAAACAUGUGUAAAUCUUGCAAUCACUGUUUAAUAACUAGAUCAAGUCCGCCAAAAUCAGUGGCACCAUGGCCGAAAUGUUCGGAACCUUUUACCACUAUUCAUAUCGAUCACUUUAACCUACGGGAUCACAAUUUCUUGGUAAUAAUCGACUAUUACUCUAAAUGGAUCGACGCGUAUUUAGUUAAAAAUUUGUCAUCGGAGACAACGAUAGAGAAAUUAAGAGAAUGUUUCGCGCGAUUUGGUUUACCUGUUACAAUCGUAUCUGAUAAUGGCACGUCGUUAGUAUCCGACGAAAUUGAACAUUUUUUUCAUAAUAAUGGUAUUAAACAUGUUAAAACACCACCUUACAACCCGCAAAGCAACGGUCCAGCGGAAUGUAGUGUUAAGAUAGUCAAGAAUAAACUGAAAUCAGCAUUAAGUGAUUCUAAUAAUCGUAGUGUUAAUAUUCAAACGUUAUUAUGUAGAUUUUUGCUAAUUCAUAAUAAUAUCCCUAAUAGUACUUCAAGUGAAAUACCAGCUCAAUUAAUGUUUGGCAGAAAAUUACGACUACGUUUAGAUUUGCUAAAAACACGAUCUGCAAUAGUAGAGACGACUUCCUGUAAGAAAACAUUUAGAAAUUUUGAGAUAGGUGACUCAGUCAUUAUUCGUGAUUAUAGGAAUCUCAACCACAAAUCAUGGAUAAGGGCUGAGAUUGCAAAAAAACUUGGUAGAGUGGUAUACCUAUGUAGAUUGCAAUCGGGACAAUUGUGGAAGAGACACUUGAAUCAAAUUAGGUCGGCAGUUGCAGAAACCGAAAUGUCCGCAGAACAGAUAGAAAAAAAGAAUAACAAAUUUGCAUUGCAGAGAUACACGGGUUUGCCUGUGGGAUUCUAUUUCAGAUCAGAUACUCAUCCUGAAGACAUUCAUCCCAUACCUGGCACAUCAGAGACAACUGCGCUUCCAAACGAUAUUUCAGAUCAUGACACUUUAUUACCUCAAAUGAUUCAACAAUCAUCCAUAGUACACCGACCAAAAAGAGAUGUUAAGAUACCUCCAAGAUAUAGACAAUGAUUUUUUUUUUCUCUUCUUAUCUUUUAGUCAAUGUUAAACGAAAGGAGGGAGAGGGAAAAUAGUUAGAGUAAGAUGUGAUAGUUUAAGAGAUUAUGUUAGUUAAGUAAAAUGUGUAGUUUAAGUGCAAAAUGUAAUUCAUAGUACUAUAAGUGUCAACAGAAUAGGGGGGGAGAUAUAUGGUAUGUACGCAAGUAUUGUACUAAGGGUACUGCGCAUGCGAUAGGCUUGAAUUGUAAUGUUCGGCUUCUCAACGCUCUCUCAUCCUCCAACCAUCCAGCUGUUAACACAAGUCAUCUUCAACCUUAAUAUAGAAUAA